AUGGGUCCUAAAAACCUUGGGCUCCCAGGGACUAUCUCAGGGGUGGUGGACAUAUCAGGAACCCUCCCAGGUGCCGCGACGCCCCCAGGGUGCCCCCCAGUGUUGACGGUGCCCCUAGGGGCCCUCGCAACAUCAGUGGCAUACUCAGGUGCCGCGACGCCCCCACGGUGCCACCCAGUGGUGACGGUGCCCCCAAGGGCACCUCGCAACAUCAGUGGCAUCCUCAGGUGCAUUCUUAGGAGCGACGGCUCCCCAGGGACCCUGACUGGAGCAGCAGAGACUGCAGGGACCUACCCAGGGGCAGCGCAGCCCCCAGGGACAAUCUCAGAAGCCGUUCAAGGGGCAGUGGUGUACUGGAAACCCUCCCAGGUGGCAGCAGAGCCUCCGGGGACCAUCCCAGAGAACCUCCCAGACGCGGUGGAACCUCAAAGGACACUCCCAGGGGCAUCCACACCCCUAGAGACCCUUCUAGGGACGUUAGUGCCCCCACAGACUUUCCUAGGGGUCCCAGGGGGCCCUAUGGGAGCCUCGCAACAACAGCGGUAUCCUCAGGUGCAUUCUCAGGAACAACGGCACCCCAGGGACCCUGACUGGAGCAGUGGAGCCUGUAGGGACCUUCCCAGGGAACGCGCAACCUCCUUGACCAUCCCAAGAAACCGUUCCAGGGGCAGUGGUGCACUGGAAACCCUCCCAGGGUCAGUGGCGCCUGAGGGACCCUCCCAGGAGCAGGGGUGCACCUGGGGUCCUCUCAUUGGAAGGAAUGCUGAGAGGACCAUUCCAGUGGCAGCAGAGCCUCCAGGGACCAUCCCAGAGACCCUCCCAGAGAUGGUGGCACCUCAAAGCACACUCCCAGGGGCAUCCACACCCCGAGAGACCUUUCCAGGGACGUUAUUGGUCCCAGGGGGCUCUAUGGCAUUACUGUGCCGCGACGCCCCUAGGGUGCCCCCCAGUGGUGACGGUACCCCCAGGGGCCCUUGCAACAUCAGUGGCAUCCUCAGGUGCAUCCUCAAGAGCGACAGCACCCCUGGGACCCUGACUGGAGCAGCGGAGCCUGCAGGGACCUACCCAGGGGCAGCGCAGCCCCCAGAGACCAUCCCACAGACCGUUUCAGGGGAGAGACGGCUCCCCAGGGACCCUGACUGGAGCAGUGGAGCCUGUAGGGACCUUCCCAGGGGCAGGACAGUCCCCAGGGACCAUCCCAGAAACCGUUCCUGGAGCAGUGGUGCACUGGAAACUCUCCCAUGUUCGGUGGCGCCCCCAGGGACCCUUCCAGGGGCGGUGGUGCGCCUGGGGUCCCUCUCAUUGGAAGAGGAGUGCCAAGGGACCAUUGCAGGGGCAGCAGAGCCUCCAGGGACCAUCCCGGAGAUGGCGGCACCUCAAAGGACACUCCCAGGUGCAUCCACACCUCCAGAGACCUUUUCAGGGACGUUAGUGCCCCCAGAGACCUUCCUAGGGGUCCCAGGGGACCCUAUGGCAUGCUUGUCCUACAAGCCUGGCGCUCCCAGGGACUAUCUCAGGGGUGGUGGACAUAUCAGGAACCCUCCCACGUGCCGCGACGCCCCCAGGGUGUCCCCCAGUGUUGACGGUGCCCCCAGGGGCCCUCGCAACAUCAGUGGCAUACUCAGGUGCAUUCUUAGGAGCAACGGUACCCCAGGGACCCUGACUGGAGCAGCGGAGCCUGCAGGGACCUACCCAGGGGCAGCGCAGCCUCCAGCGACCAUCCCAGAAACCGUUCCAGGGGCAGUGGUGCACUGGAAACCCUCCCAGGAGGACAUCUCAGGGGUUGUGGACAUAUUAGGAACCCUCCCAGGUGCCGCGACGCCCCUAGGGUGCCCCCCAGUGGUGACGGUACCCCCAGGGGCUCUUGCAACACCAGUGGCAUCCUCAGGUGCAUCCUCAAGAGCGACGGCACCCCUGGGACCCUGA